AUGGGAUAAUAGCAAUCUUAAUAAUACAAUUUCUUUUGGCCAUAAAAGGGAGAAGUGUAAUUAUGGACGCACUCUUAAAUUAAAGUGAAUUUCUUGUUUUAUCUAAGACUAUAUCUGAAGGAGAUUCGAAGUUCUCUGAACAAAAUAAUGAAUCUGUAAUUACUUGCCCUGUGGAAUACUCUUUAAGUUGGAUUUCUAAAUCAAAUCAAAUUCAAUUUACAUCAAUAAAAAUGUCAAAUGGAGCUAAGGUGAAAUUUGUGGUAGAUCAAACUAAUGGCAAACUAAUAAGUAAUGUUAUUUACUCAUAAUUUAGAAACAGAAUAUACUUAACUAGAAAACGUUGAAAAAUAGGCAUUCGAUGAAUUACAACCUUAAACAAUGUGGAAAUGUUGGGUUGAAAUUUGGCUUGGUCAAACUAAGAAAAAUGAUAUUGUGCUUAAUAAAUAAGAAAGUUUAGAAAAUGUUUAAUCAGAGUGUGGUUUGGGAUCCAUCAACAAUCCAAUUGUCAAGGUUUAUAGAGAAAGAAGAGGUCAGAUUUAACUUCUAACAAGACAUUUAUGUUAUACAAAUUAGAAUGAAAAUUAGAAGUCUAGCAAAUACUAGAUAAAUAUGUAAUUUUGCAAGUCUUAAUUUUGGAUGUUCAAUUGGGAACUUAAAUAGAAAGUAGUUCCAGAUGCAUAUUUUUUGGAAUUGCAAAAUAAAAUAUCAACUGAAUCUCUUUCUUUUUAUCAAUAUACACUAAAUUGA